AUGGAUGAAAAAUAUGAAACUGUUAAAUUAUGCUACACAAUACAUAAGUUUUCAAGUUACUCAGCUAAUUACAUACCAGAAAAUAUCAUGGUGAACAAUCCUUCCGAUCAACUGUCGAGAUGGUUUACAGACAGCUCGAACACAGCUAGUACGCUGCUACCCCAAUAUGUUAUGCUCAAACUUAAGUCACUGUCUAUUGUAGAAACAAUAAAAUUUGGCAAAUAUAUUAAGCCCCAUGUCAGUGAUCUCAAGAAAUUUCAAAUAUUUGGUGGUACUGAUGAAAAUAAUCUUUCCCUACUUUUAUCGGCAGGCUUAAAGAAAGACAGUGCACCAGAGACAUUUAAGCUGAGAAACAGAACUACAGAAGGUCUUUACCUGCCUGUGCAAUAUAUUAAAAUUGUGCCGUUGCUAUCUUGGGGCCCAGCUUACAAUUACACCAUAUGGUAUGUGGAGCUGCAUGGAAAGAAUCAGGAAGAUCUUAUAAAAAAUGCUAUGGAGACAAUUAAUUUGCGUAAAGAAGAGGAGGCAGUGCGUAUAAUACUAAAACAUCUCCGACGGCGACGGUACAAGGACGCUUUUGAAGCACUGUCUAGAGAAAGUGGAGUACAACUCGAAGGACCAAUACAGUCGCGACUUUGGAAUGCAUUGGUUGAAAAUGGAGAUUAUAAAUUAGCGGAGCAGAUAUUAGAAGAGGCUAUGAAUGAGGGCGAGAUGGACUGGUACAUGUCGUGGCAGCCGUACCGGCCGCAGUGGCGGCAGCUGUCCGCGUGCUCGGCGGCGGUGGAGGCGCGCCUGUGCUGCGGGGACGCCGCGCCCCCCGCGCCCCGCCUGCGCACCCACGAGCUCGCCUGCGCGGACCGCGACCCGCGCCUAGACUUGCCCCAGGAGUUGUCUACGAAUGGGUCGGAUGGUGUGGGAGUGGGAGUGGGGGUUAGUGUGGGUGUGGAGACGUGCGAGGCGGGCUGCGAAGGCGAGUGCGAGGCUCGACCCGGACCUCGCGGCGGGCAUCAGCUUGUCGUCGACCCCAACACCGGCACCUUAUACCUGUUUGGUGGUUGGAACGGCACAGAGGAUCUGGAUGAUCUCUGGUGCUAUACCACAACCUCGGAACGCUGGACCCUGCUGUGCCAGCAUAGCAGUCUCAUGUCCGGUCCGUCGCCGCGUUCGUGCCACAAAAUGGUCUUUGACCCUGUAAAUGAACGACUUUACACUCUUGGCAGAUAUCUGGAUAAUGCGCAGCGGGUGCCCAGUAAUAUGAAUAGUGACCUGUACAUGUACGACGUACGUUCGGGCGAGUGGUCGCUGGUGUGCGGCGACACGGCGGCGGCGGGCGGGCCGCGGCUCGUGUUCGACCACCAGAUGUGCCUGGACGCUGACACGCAGACCAUCUACGUGUUCGGCGGACGUGUGCUACCGGCCAACACUGAGGAGCUGGUUAGCCCGCAGUACUCAGGACUGUACGCGUACUACAUAGCGAACAACACGUGGCAGCUGCUUCUGCCCGACCGCCACGACCUGCCCGCGCCGCAGCCCAGGGUCUCACAUUCUAUGCUUUUUCAUCCGGUGCAGCGGCGGCUGUACAUGUUCGCGGGGCAACGCAACAAGGAGCAGCUGCUGGACCUGUGGUGGUGGGACGUGGGCAGCGGGCAGUGCGGUGCGCUGUGCGCCGGUGCGGCCUGCGCGCCGCCCGCCGCCGGCUUCACGCAGCGCGCCACGCUCGACCCCGACACCGACGAGAUAUUCGUGCUCUCCGUGAGUACGCAGCCCCAAUACACACUGUACACGCUACAUGCUACAAGCUGCAUGCACGCCGCCGGCUUCACGCAGCGCGCCACGCUCGACCCCGACACCGACGAGAUAUUCGUGCUCUCCGUGAGUACGCAGCCCCACUACACACUGUACACGCUACAUGCUACAUGCCCGCCGCCGGCUUCACGCAGCGCGCCACGCUCGACCCCGACACCGACGAGAUAUUCGUGCUCUCAGUGA